CGGGAUAUUCGCAUACUCAAAUCAUCAAUCCCGCCCACGAUGGAAGAGAACAUCGACGUGUGUAUCCGAGUCCGUCCCUUGAAUGAGAGGGAGACGAAGGCCAAGGACGCGCAUAUAUUGCACUGCGUGUCAUCGAUGAACGCCAUCUCCAUCACGGACCGCUACGGGACGCCGCUCCCUGGACCGGCGUUUCAGUACGAUCACAUCUUCUCGGAAAGCGUGCCGACCAGUACCAUCUACAACGAAGUUGCGAAGCGAAUCGUGCUCUCCACACUUAAGGGCAUCAAUGGCACGAUCUUUGCGUACGGGCAAACGUCGUCGGGGAAGACGCACACGAUGCAUGGCGACGUGCACACGGAACUGGGCAUCCUUCCCCUCGCCGUCGAACACAUCUUCAGCUAUAUCGAACAAUCCACCGAUCGAGACUUCCUCAUUCGAGUGUCGUACGUCGAAAUCUACAACGAAGUCAUCCGCGAUCUCUUGUGCGACGACAAGGACAAGUGCCAGACCAGCUUGAAAAUCCGCGAAGAUCCCAAGAAAGGCAUCUACGUGGAAUCUCAAGAGGAAAUUAUCACGGACUAUGACGCUAUAUUUCGAUUGCUCGACCAAGGCGAACAACGACGAACGGUUGGGCAAACAACCAUGAACGAGCGAUCAAGCCGAUCGCACAGCAUUUUCCGCAUCGUCAUUGAAAGCAAGAAAAAGUCGGCGCCAACCAACACGCGCGGCUCUGUGGACGACGCCCAUGGAGGAGUGCUCGUGGGCGUGCUCAACUUGGUGGAUUUGGCGGGAUCGGAAAGCGUCCGCCACACAGCGUCCGAGGGCAUGCGUUUGAGGGAAGCGAGCAACAUCAAUCGGUCGCUGCUAACGUUGUCGCGAGUCAUCAAUUCGCUGGCGCAGGGGGCGGAAAGCAUUCAAAACGCGCCGUUCCGCGACAGCAAAUUGACUCGGUUGUUGCAAAGUUCGCUGGCGGGAAGUACACGAACCCUCAUCAUUUGCUGCGUGACUCCGUCCGACCGCCAUUUAGAAGAAUCGAAAAGCACACUUCAGUUUGCCGCGCGUGCCAAGAACAUUCAACUCAGCGCGAGCGUAAACGAAGUCUUGGACGACCAAGCCCAAUUGCAGCGCUUGAAGCGCGAAGUGGUCGACUUGCGCCACCAAGUGGACAACAACCCCGUCGUGCAUGCGCUCAAGGCCGAGAACGACGCCUUGUCCGAAGUCAAGUCGCUCCACGAAGCCAAGAUCCAACGGCUCUUGGGUUUAAUGGCCACAUCGGCGACAAUCAACGCCCCCCCUAACGCCAAGCCAAAGCCAAAGCGGACCCGCGAAACGUGGGGCCCUGGGGACGUGCUGCACUCGCUCCAACAGCGUUCGUCCACGAGCUUGGAGCAAGUGAUUCUGCACGAAUUGCAGACCUCGUCUCAAGUCGCGAAAAAGCAGCGAAAGGCGCGGCGGCUCUCGGACGAACAAGCAUCCACCACCACUGACGACGACGACGCCGAUCACCACCACCUCGUGACGCACUUGAAGAGUCAACUUGACGCGAAGGACCGCAUGAUUCGUCAACUGCAGUCGUCUGAAUGUGCUGCAUGUUGCAACCACGAGGACAAGCUCAAGCAACUGGAGACGCUGCUGCACCAAGCAGACGCCGACCGGUCGGCGCUUGAAAGCGACCUGGAGCAGGCGCGCGCGGAGGUGCAGCAAGCCCAAUGCAAGCAAGCAGAACUCACUCAAAAGGUUGAAGCAUUCGACCAGUUGCUCGAAGAAAGCGAAACCAGUGCCAGUGAAGCCAUGGAGCAAAACAUGCUGCUGGAAACCCAGCAUUGCCAAGUGCAAGUGCAAUUAGCCGAUCAAUUGAACAAAGCGCACGACGCUGAACUCGCGCUGGUAGCUCUGCAAGAAAAGUGCGAUCGCUACGAAGCCGCACUCGAAGUAUCCAGCAACAUUGGUGCCGCAAACAACGAAGCGCUGGACGACCUCGUCAUAACGGAGAAGGUCGAGGCAAUGCUUCAAGCUCAAGCGGAACAACAUGCCAAGGAAGUCAUGUCGUGGGCGGCAAAGAUCGCCGACUUGGAACAAGAACUGGGUCGUUUGAGAACCAACGAAGAAGCCAAGUCGAUGCAAGUGGCCGCCGCGUCGGCUCUCCAAGCAGAGAACCAGCGCCUCCGAGAGGAAUCGGUGACCCACGAAAGCGCAUUGGCCGAGAGCAAGGCGGCCGUGGAAGCGUUGGAACAAGCGGCGGCAGAUCAUGCGAAAACGCUACUGGACGGUUGUAUCGUGCAAACUACUGCGACGGACGACGACCAUGCGACUCAGCUCCUGGCCGAGCUCCGAACUGCCAAGGACGCCGAGAUUGCCACGUACAAGGCCGCGAACCGCGACUUGUUGACCGAGUUUGAGCAAGCGACGCUGAAGUUUGAAACCGAAGUGCAAAGUGUGAAGUGUGAGCUGGAAGCCAUAGCCAGUCAACGCAGUGCGCUCCAACUCGACAAGGAAGCAGCGCACGCCGAAAUCGGGCAGCUUCAAGCUACGAUUGCACAGCAGGCAGAGCGGCUUGGCGACCUGAUGCAGCAAGUGGCGUCGGGCGAAAGCGCGUCGGUCCGCCUUGAAGAACUGGAACGUUGCAAUGCCCUCCAUCAAGAGGAACUGCGCCGCCUCGAACGGAUUGCCGACGACGCGCUUGCAGCGAAAACGCAGCUUGGGCGAGACCUUGAACAUGCAGAAGUGGCCAAGACAAGGCAGUUGCACGAGCAAGCCCAAACGACCAGCGUGACGCUCGCUCAAGUGGUCGCCGACCACGACCAAGCCCAAGUUAUCUCGAACGAAACCAUCGACAGAUUGACCACGGCUAACCGUAAACUGACCCAACAAGGCGAAACGUUGCGAGUCGAAGUCACCAAGUUGAACGCGGAGCGGACGUCGUUGCUAGAACGCACGGAGGAACUGUCCAAGCAAGUGGAAGCGAUGACGUUGGAAUUGGCAAGUGUGGUCGACGAGCACAAAGUCAAGCUCAACGAAAGCUACCAAUCGCUCGAGGUAGACAUGGCCAAGUUGGAGCAAUCUCAUGGCGAAGAGCGAGAAGUCCUUCGAAAACAAGUCGAGGACCUGCAAGAUCAAGUCAUCAACGCGAACAUUGAAUUGCUGCAAAAGCAAGAAAAGAUCGCGGGCCUUGUCGUCGAGAUCGAAGCGAGUCAAGCGGCCGUCGCAAAUCUGGCCGACAUACCAGCACUCGAAGAUCGUUUGGCCAAUAUGGCGACGUUGAACAACGAGUUACAAGCCAGUGCUGACAAGCACGCGGAGGCGGCAGCGACCCUCGAAGACAUCGUAGCCAACUUGAAGGGUGACGUGUCGACGCUAAAGGCCCAACUCGAAGCGCAAACUGUUUCGCAUCAAAACAAGGUCGUCCAAGUGCAAGAACUGCAGGAUGCGCACUCCGCCCUCGAACUCGCCCUCCAGACCAUGCAAAGCAAGAACGAAAUGUUGCAAGAGUCGCUGCAGUCUACGAACGCACACUGCGCCACGGUAGAGGCAAAGGUCGGCGCGUUGCUUGAAAGCCUCGCUGACAAGGACGGCCAGAUCGUUCAACUGCAAGAAGAAUUGCAGACCGCGGAACUGACGAAUGCUCAAACCCAAGCCGGUCUGGACGAUGUCGUUGCCGAGCGAACCAAGGCGUUAGCAGAUGAGGCAAAGCGCAUGGGACUGGUCAACAAAGAGUUGCGUGUGGGUGUCGAUGAGUCGAACGCCAUGUGGCGUGAAAAGGUCGACUCGAUCGUGGCAUCGCGCGACGCCGAAGUGGCUGCGUUGGCUGGUCAAAUCCAAGCUCUGGAACUCAAGAUCCACGACAUGGAGGAACGCAACUCGAACGGGGGUGCGACGUCACCCGACGAAGUGCGGUCACUGAAUGCCCAACUCGGCACGCUCCAAAACGAACUGGACGCGCAGCUCGAAGAAAAGGAAGCACUGUACGACAAGAUUGACGAAUUGGAAAAAGCAGCGCUUUGCAACGUUCAAAACCAGCACGACCACGUGCGAAUGCUCCAGCGGCAAUGGGACAUGGAAAAAGCGACGCUCACGGAUCGAUUGGGCGUCCAGCGCGACCGAAUCAACAAGCUCGAACUCGUGAAGAUGACCAAGGGGCAUUUGGAAGUGUUUGAGAAGCUCAAGCUCAACAUCAAAAAGAAAACCGACGAGGUGGCUGCCCUUCAGCAGCAAUUGCAAGCGUCACGCAACGACGACGGGAUGGCGUUGAUGGAAGAACGCUGGCGAUACGAACAAACCGAGCGAAAGGUGGCGGAUGCAAAGUUGGCCGAGGUCAAGCUAAAGUUGCACACGACGCAAAAUGAAUUUCAAAUCAAAACCAGUGAAGUCGCGUCGCUGCAAAACGCUAUCGUUCAGUACGAAGGCCACAUUGACACGUUGGAGAACCAAAUCCGAGUCCACGGCACCUCGUCCACCGAAAUCGACGACCUUCGCCGCCACGUCGCCGACUUGGAACGCCUCGUGCAAAGCCAGAGCCAGCAACUGCGCGGACACCAAGACAACAUUCAAAGCCUCACUCAACUUCGCGACCAACUUGCACAGCAAGUGGCUGAGCUACAGCAACUGGUUCGUGACAAGGACGUGCAGCUCAAGCGAUGUGAAGACGACGCCGCGUCCAAGCAACAGGAAUGGCAGGUCGCGAAUGAAGACCUGCACGAGAAAUUCCACGCCGACUUGCGGUACUUGGAAAAAGAAAACUUGGAGCUGCACCUCGAACUCAAACAAACCAAGCGACUCAUGUCGUCCACCGGCAAGGGCAUCGCGUCGCCGCCUCUACCUCGAGCCCGGACAAGUCUGUCUGAAAUCGAACAACCCAAGUACCAGUCACCACAAUUGCCGUCGCCGUCGUCGCUGACGAAAUCGUUCCUCGGGCCAUCAAAGGCACUUGCCGUGGACGACAACGACAAAGAGAACACCCCGGCGGUCGACAUCACCACCACCACCAGUAGUAGUGGUGGUGGUGGUGGUAGCGACGGCAUGCCCAGCGAAUGUAACCAGCAAUAACGUCUACUAGACAAAUCAACUAACUACAUGGGAAAGAACUACUUGUAGUUAUACCGUUAUUACAUAUCUCGACACCUAUUCCUCACGUUAACGUUAGCUCAAAUACAACACGGGCGAGGCGUCGUUGAGGCG